ACAUCCAUUUAAACAGCGAUCAUACAACAAAAUACACCACACAGUUCAACAUGUCAAAUCCAAGCCUCUCGUGGCAGAAGCUACAAGAUGUGUAUUACUCGCUUCGUCCAUGCUAUGAGGGAAUUAAGUGGCCCCUUACAGCACUCCAUUCAAACUACCACGUUAAGAUAUCCACUCAUUGUUCAUUGAUUGCCGUUUCGUCAAAGUUUGUACCUCACCCUGCAAUUGUGGAUGUUUACUCCGUUUCAGGAACAAAGUUUACAUCUGUCGUAUACAACAGUGGUCCUGGGGAUCACAUAACUGGGUAUGGGUGGAAGAAUGAGGACUUGGUUGUGGUUUUAAAUGGAGGUAAAUUUAGAUACUAUAAGGAAGCUGGAGGUUUCAAUGAAUAUGAUGUGGCAGGAGGGAUUGAACUAACAGAUGUAUCGUCUACCCCGACAUCAACUCCUCCUCCUUCUGCUGUUGGGUCGAACGGAGGCUCUAAUGAUGGUGUGAUAGUAGGCGGUGCUAUCACUGACCUCGAAACCAAUACUACGGAGGAACCAAUCGAUAUUCUUGAAGUUAACAUUUGGGGGAAGUUUUUGGUACUUAGACUCCGUAACCAGUUCAUUAUAACUGACUUGUCGACUUUCACAAAUUAUACAAUUCCUAAUGUGACAUUAGCUGGUAAAAUUCUUUGUUUGAGCUUGCUUAAAAUUGAUGAAGAUGUCGACUCAAUUACUUUACUAGCAAGCUAUGAUACGUCCAUUCUUACUCUCCGAGUAGAUAUUACCGCCCAAGAAUUUGAAAUAAUAGAUCAGGGACUUACUGAGGGGCCGUUUACUCAAAUAUGUGCACUGCCAAAUUCUCAAUUGGUAUCUCUUUAUAACGCUAAAGCAGCUAAAAUCUUCGUCAUUAAUAGCAAAUUUGAUCGUGUGCUUCUUGAAUACGAUACUGCGUCAGAAAUUGUCCCUCCAGUACAGGUAACUUGGUGUGGAAAUGAUGCCAUUGUUUUGUCCCUUCGUGAUGAAUUGAAACUCAUUGGACCUGGCCAAAAGUCAAUUUCUUUCUACUACGACAUGUUAGAGUCUCCGGAAGAAGAUGUAGAUACUCCUGUUUCGCCGUACAUUGUUCCGAUUCUCUAUACGGAACCAGAUGGGGUAAAGGUCCUCACCUCCAACAAAUUGGAGUUCCUUUCCUUGGUUCCUGAAUGUAACAGGAAUCUCUACCUUAUAGGAUCCCUGUCUCCCAGUAGCAUCCUUCUCGAUUGCAUUGAUAAACUUUCACAGCACUCGCCCAAAGCUGACACCAAUAUUUCACUUUUAAAGUCUGAUGGUACCCUUCCUGCUGCCAUGAAUGAAUGUCUUCAGGCGAGUCUCGAAGAAUUCCAGCCAUAUUGGCAAAAGAAACUUUUAAGAGCAGUUUCAUUUGGAAAGGUAUAUUGUACAGGUUACGAUACUAGUGAAUACCUACAUACUGUCCUGAUGUUGAAAGUCUUAAACCAGAUUAGGUCUUCAGAAAUUGGAAUAUUCAUAACCUACAAACAAUUACUUCUGAUGGGUUGGGAAACCGUCAUUUCAAUGCUACUUCGUAGAAAUUUACAUUACUUGGCCCUUCGAAUUAUUGAGUUGGUAAAUGAAGAACAAUAUAUCAGUCAAGUAUAUAUUCAUUGGUGUUGCUACAAAAUCACGAAAGAACUCAACAUGUCCGAUGCAGAUUUGUUUAAAAGUAUCGAAGCAAAACUCACUGGUCAAACUGGAAAAAACCUAGUCUCCGUUGGAGAUAUCUCCGAAGUUGCAUUUCAGGAGGGCCGAGUUGAAUUGUGUAAGCUCCUUAUUAAUUUAGAACCAUCUAUCGCGAAAAAGAUUAGCAGAUUCGUUCAUUUGGGCGAUUUGGAAUUAGCUCUUAUCAAAUCUUUCCAAACUGGAGCUUAUGAUUUGUGCCGGUUACUUUUGUUACACUUGCAAGAAAAACUUACUCCAUCAAAGUUCUUCAAAAUAUUGAACCAGAAUGAACUGAAAGGUCUAAUUGUUGACACUUCUGAAAAUACUCAAAGUCAUGACCUGGAAAUCUUGUAUAUCCAUGGUGAUUUAAUUGGUAACUUCUGGGUAGGAAGCAUAGGACGGAACAAUAAGAAGUUGCUUGAAUCGUACUAUAGAAUGGAAGAUAAACUGAUUUCGGAUAUUCAGUCUAUAGUAAAGGAGUUUUCAAAUGAGAAAAUGACUCAAGAGAGUUCAGGAUCUGAACUGGAAUCCUACUACAGCACCUACAAAACUCAACUAGUAAAGUUUAUCAAUAGUUCAGCGACCCAAAAACAAGAUGCCAAGUUGUACCAGAAAGAAUUAGAUCUUUUGGAACUUCAAAAAAAAUUGUCGGACACAUAUAAAGAAGAUUUUUAUCUGAAGAAAUCGAUUGUUUCUAUUCUAUCCAAACUUAUAGAAAUGAACCAGGUGAAACCCGCUGGUAAAAUCUCGAAAGAUUUUAAUGUUCUGAUAGAAAAAUUCUGGUAUUUAGUUCUUGAUAUUUACACAAAAACUGGUCAAUUUGAUAGACUUCACCUGUUAAUCGUUGGUCAGGAAUCAACAGGAUCAGUGGCCCUACCUCCGAUAGGUUUUCAACCCAUAAUUGAGAGGUGUUUGGCAUUCGGUGCCCCUAACAAAUUGGUAUCUGUUUAUAUCAAAAAUAGUACUAACGUUCAUUAUACAGAGAAAAUUGAUAUGUUUAUUAAGAAUCAUGAUUUGGCACUGGCUGCGGGAGAGGCAUACAGAUUCAAAGAUAUAGAAUAUUUGAGGGCAAUUCUUGACAAGUCUCAGCGAGACGGUCUGGUCAGUGUUGUUAACUUGGUGAAGAACUACAUAACUAGGUUGGGUUACUAA